UAUAAAGCAAGUGUUUAAGAAAGUUUUCAAAAUUUGAAAAGUUGAAUUCUAGUUCAAAAUAAAAUUUAAAAUGUAUAAACAUUUUGCAAUUAUAUUUCUUCUUUCCAGAUGUCUUUUUGUACCUGUAACUUGCAAUAAAGAAGAUGAUCUAAAUAAGAAAUAUAUAACAAUUAGAGAAAUAUAUAGAGAUUAUGUGAAUAUUUUUUAUACUAAUUUCGGAAAACUAAUAAAUUGUCCGUCAUGGAAUUUAAACAUUGAAAAAUGCAAUGAUGAAGUAAAUGACAUUAAAUUAAAGGUAAAAGAGUUUACUGAAAAUUCAGAUGUACAAGAAAGUAGAGAUAAGUUAACAACAUUAAUUCAAUAUACGGAUAUGAUUAAAAGAGAAAACAAAACUUGUUUGAGACAGGAAGAAAACCCAACUUUGAAUGAGAUCAAAAUAUUGCUCUAUCUCAUUAAAGAAAAAUUUGAUUUAGAAGAUAGUGUGGUAUUCCAAAAAAUGAUGAUUAUGGAUGCUUUUAAAGCAUAUUUCUAUCAUUUAAAUUUAUAUAUUACAACUUACCCUUGUUAUACUGAGACAUCAGAAGUGACAAAUGGAAUAAAUGAUUUUAAAAAUUAUAUUAAAGAAUUAAAUUUAAAGUUUCCCUGGGUUAUAUAUGAAGAUAUAUCAAGUUUUGGGAAAAGUUUUAUAUCAAAUGUCACAGAUUUUGUAACUCGUAUGAAUAAAAAUGCUACAGGAUGUAAGGAAAAAGUCAAAGAAUUUGAUUAUACAAGAAAUAUUACAAUGAAUUUGCAAACAAGUUAUUCGAAUUUUGUUGAAAAGAUUGAUAAAAAAGAAGUGGAAAAAUUCAAUAACUCAAUUUACCUUGUACCAAGCAAUAUAACAAACUCUGAAAUAGUUCUAAACAACAAAAGGGAGAGACUUAACGAAAUACACGAGAUAUAUGUGACUCUUUUUUUAAAAAAUUUCGAAAUAAUAAAAAAUUGUCCGACAAGGAAUUUAACCGUUGAAAAAUGCAAUGAUGUAAUAAAUGAUAUUAAAUUAAAGAUAAUAAAUAUUAAUGAAAAUACAGAUGUUCAAGAGAGUACAGUUAAUUUGGAAAACUUAUAUACAUUUCAAAGAUGGUGGUCCCUCGAAAAAAACAAAACUUGUAUGAGCCUGAAAAGAAACCUAAGUUUGAAUCAGAACAAAAUAUGGAUCCAUGUCAUUGAAGAAAAUUUUAAUUAUUUACAGCAAAAUACCUCGAUGGAAAUUAAGAACCUGCUUAUAGAUGCUUUUAAAGCAUAUUUAUAUCAUUUAAAUUUAUAUUUUACAACAACUUACCCUUGUUAUAUUGAGACAUCAAAAGUGACAAAUGGAAUACCCAAGCAUGAUGUUGAAAAUUAUAUUAAAGAAUUAAAUUCAACGGUGCCCUUGCUUAGAAAUUUUGAUUCCAACGGAUUUGAUAUUAAUUUUAAGCUUGGGAAAAGUUUUGUAUCAAAUUUCACAGAAUUAGUAACGGGUAUGAAUAAUAAUGCUGCAGGAUGUAAGAAAAAAUUCGAAGAAUCUGAUUAUACAACUCAUAUUAAAAUGAAUUUGAAAACAUUUGAAGACUGUGUAGAUGACAUUGUAAAAAAUCUAAUGAAUAAAAAUUAUUUUCCACAAGUCUGUAAAAUAAAUGUAUCAGAAACUGCAACAGUCUCUGAAACAACUAAAGGAUUAGAAACUAUAACAGUUUCUGUAAGAGACAAUGGAAUAGAUUCUGAAACAAGCCAAGGAUUAGAAACUAUAACAGUUUCUGUAAGAGACAAUGGAAUAGAUUCUGAAACAAGCCAAGGAUUAGAAACUACAAAAAUCUCUGUAACAAUCAGUACAGACUCUGGAAUAGUUGUUAGCAACUCUGCUCAAAGUGUUUUUUCUUUUGUGCCAAUUUGGGGUAUUCCACCACUAUUACUUGUUUUGAUGGCAAUUAUUUAAACAUUUAAAUUAUGUGAAUAGAAUUUCUUUUGAUGCAAGUAAAAAAAACAGAACAAGAAAAUUCUUGUUCAUAAUCUUUAAUUUCAAAGUUACAUGAACGUUCACUUAGUUCUAAGUUGAAAACACUUUUAAAAAAUUCCAAGUUUAAAAAAAUAAAAUUGUUUCUUAAAACAUUUACAAAUAAUUUGUUGAGUUUAGAACAAUGAAUCAGCCAUGACAAAUUCACUAAAUCAGUAAUAAAUUUUACAAAUAUAUUAACAAUAUUGAUAUAUUGACAAACAGAUUUUUCUUUUAUAUUUUUCACAUAUUUUUCAUUGGAUCUUUGGACCCAUCUUUUAAUCUAAUUGCGUAAUUAUUUUAUGAUUUUACUUUUCUCUAUUUCAAUGGUAAUAAAAAUAAAAAACAAAUUAUGUGAUUUAUCUUCUUCUUUUAUCAAAAUUAGAAAAACUUAAUUGUUUUUAGAAAAAGAAACACGGAGAGAAAUAGAUGGUAAGAAAUUAUGAUCUUAAGAUGGUUAAAAGUAGAUGGUAUCCGGUACAAUCUAUAUGCUACUCGGUACCAUCUAGAUGAUAAAAAAGUGAGGUUAUGUUACCCACUUUACAAUCAAGAUGGUACUCCGUACAAUAUGUAUAGUAUCCCGUACAAUCUAGAUUCCUGUCCGUAUAUGUAAGAUCAAAUAUGAUACCUGAUACUAUCUAGAUAGUACCCCGUACCAUCUAUUUCUCUCCAUGAAGUUUUAAUUUAUCUAAACUUGGGAAACUGUUUAAUUUUUAAUUUGAAAGCACUUAGUUUUUAUUUCACCUUAAUUGGUCUUAAUUGAUUGUAAAAAUAUAUUUCUUGCAAAUAAAAAGAAAACUUAAAAAAUA